AUGGUCUCGACUCAUUCAACGAUAGCAAAAACGAAUUCGCGAAAGAAGGUCCGACCUACAUAUUCAUGCUUAAAUUGUCACAAACGCAAAGUCAAGUGUGACAGAGUGAAGCCGUGCGGCGCUUGUUGCCUUCGAGGAACUCCAUCAGAGUGUGAAUAUGGAAACAGCAAGCAAGAUCGUCAUUAUAUUGAACAGUCGACCCUGAUCGACAAUCUUGUGCAAUCAUGCGAUUCUCUCAAGCAGCAGCUGGCCGAAACUCGAAGAUUGGCCAACCUUCCGCCUGUGAAAGAAGAGGAGACUUCUUCCUUUUCAACAGGCUUUAGUGGGUCAACGGACGAAGAUGAUGCCAAAGACUCGUUGGACGAGUAUAAAAACCAGAUGGGGCCUUUCCCCAGUCAAUCCCAAUCUCCUCCACUCCUACAAGCAGAAGCACAAAAACUAGCAAACCCGUCCCGAGCCACCGCGCUGGUAGAGGUUCUCGUCGAUCAGCUAAUUAAGAACUUUAGCCCUGAUAUGGAAGCUCCAUCUGGAGGGGGCAGGAUCCAACUGCAAGCAGCGGCAGAGAUGAGGGUGUUCUCGCCAAUACUUUGCAGUGCCUUUGAGGCAGCAUCUCUAACAUUUGUCGGCUCUCGAGAUCAAAAUAAAUCGCUCGAAGUAGCGGGAAAUGUUCGAUAUGUUCGGGUUCUUCGGCUCCUUCAAAAUGCCCUGUACAGUCCCAAGGACAGCAAGGAAACGGAUGUUCUCCUCACUGUGUUUCUCUCUACGAUUAUCGAGGCUUUCCGUAAUAACAGCAAGGACUCGCUUUUCAAGCACCAACUUGGUGGUCUUCAAUUAUUAAACUCGAGAACUCCAUAUCGACAUCGUUAUGGGAUUGAGCGGUCCCUGUUUGUCGACCUUCGAUUAUAUUGGGUUACUGCGGCUUUAGUUCAACGAAAACCGACUUUCCUUGCGACCAAGAAAUGGUUGACCGUACCCUGGCCCGAGGGCGCUCACACAAAAGAUAUUCUGCAAAGAUUAUUAGACGUUGCAGUGAAUGUCCCGGCAUAUCUUUCACAGAUUGAUGAGUUUAGUUCUUUUUUAAGAACUAUGAGUCUCCCAACGAGUCAGUUGGUGGAGUUGCAAACCAACAUCUGGGAAACCGCUACUGAACUCGACACACGCCUGCAGGUAUGGAAAACAUCACAAGCCGAUACAUAUCACCUUGGCCAGUUCUGGGAGGAAACCGACUCGGAUUCUUCUGAUGGUUUCCCCGUGUUCAGGUGCCGAAAUCAGAGUACUUUACAGACCACCGUCCCGCCCAUUCUGGUAUAUCCGGAUCUUCUGCUUGCUACAUCCAUGUGUUUCUACUGGGCUAUGCGGCUGGUUGUUUCCACGACCGACAGCGGGCUAGUAAAUGUGUUGACCUUGCAAGAACGAUAUCAGUUUGGUUGCAAUAUCUGUCGAAGCAUGAAGUACUAUAUACAAAACAUCCCGGGAUGUCUGGUAUCUCGGAUGAUGUUUGUUCUGCGGACGGCAUUCGAUAUGUUCGCAGACGGAAUGAUGGAGAAACAGUUUGUGACUGAGCUGUUUCAAUACAUUGGAAAGAAGUUCGAAUUCCCGGUAUUUUCCGACCGUUGCAGCUCCUCUUCGAUCAACUGUAGAGACAUAUGA